AUGAGCGAGGCAAUUCACAACCUCUUGAAUGAGCCAAAACAGAGCACUGUCUCUAUCUCAGGAGACUUCCCUCUCGACGAGAAUGUCUUAGAGGAAUUCCCCAGUGACACAAAGGUUCUAUCUGCUAACAGGUUUGGUACAUCAGCAUGGACAAUCACGGGGCGCAUCACUGUGGAACACUCGGACGGUGCUAACGCUCGAUACUUCCUGAAAUGCGCAGCUGAAGACCGAGGCCGUAUAAUGAUGGAAGGAGAAUACAAUGCUAUGUCAGAGCUCUACAAGACCAUGCCAAACUUCGUCCCGAAGCCAGUAGCUCAGGGUAAAUGUCGUCUUGGUAAUCCAGACACAUAUUACUUCCUCUCAGAAUUCAUUGACAUGAACGACCGCAUUCCUGAGCCAAAUCAAUUAUGUUCAAAAUUGGCUCAAUUGCACCGAGACAGUAUCUCACCUACCGGCAAAUUCGGUAUGCAAGUCACAACAUGCAACGGUCGUACGCCCCAAGCCGUAAAUUGGGAGAGCAGCUGGACGACGUUUUUCAUCAAUCUGCUGCGAUAUGUCGUAGACCUUGACUUCGAGGUCAACGGGUACUGGAAGGAGCUUGCCCAUCUUGAAGAGAAAAUAUUCACACGUAUCAUUCCAAGAUUGAUUGGCGCCCUGGAAAGCGAUGGGCGUAGCAUCAAACCCAGUUUGAUCCACGCUGAUCUAUGGGAAGGAAACACGGGCACUUCCUAUGAGACAGGAGACAUCUACAUCUUUGACUCUGGAGCCUUUUACGCCCAUAAUGAAAUGGAGAUCGGGGACUGGAGAUGCAAUUACAACAAGAUCCACAACAAAGUCUAUACAAGAACAUACCUGCGCUACUACGGACCGAGUGAACCAAAGGAAGAAUGGGACGAUAGAAAUCGCAUGUAUUCAAUAUACUACAACGUCAUAUAUUCCGUGAACCAUAUGGACCAGGGCAAGGCCGUACGACAAUCGUAA